GGCUGGGCCGGUUAUGGCGGCCGAUAUGCAGCUAAAUUCCUCAAUCGUACGUAGGUUUUCGUAGAUUUCUUCAGUUAUUUACCAUAAACAUUGGGAUCACGCGAAUUAAAAGCCAUAAGCACACAUUUGUCUUCUGCGCGGACAUCAAAAUGGCCACUGACAGCCUCACGGAUGGCAAAUCAAAGCUUGAAUUCGACGUCAACAUGACGUGCGGCGGAUGCGGAGCCAAAGUGCGCGAGUCGCUGGAGAAGAUCGGCGUACGCAACAUGAUGAUCGACGUGGAGAAACAGAGUGUCGUCGUGGAGACCGACAUUCCGUUCACCAAGGUCCAGGAAGCCAUCAAGAGCACCGGAAAGAUAGCCGUGCUCAAAGGAUACGGCUCCUCUACGGCUCCAAGUGUUGCUGCUGCUGUCUCCGAGGUCUUCGGACAUUCUGGAAUUAUGGGAGUGGUGCGCUUUACCCAAGGCACCGACGGAGCAUGCAUCAUUGACGGAGUCAUUGAUGGCCUCAAGCAAGGGCAGACACACCGGCUACGCAUCCAUGAACUGGGUGAUCUCUCGAAUGGCUGCGAAAGCACCGGUGAUGUUUAUGACCCCCAUCCCAUCACAGAAGAUCACAAGAAGCCUAGGAGAUAUGGUAGCCUUGGUGAAAUAGACGUUGACAGCAAUGGCCGGAGCGUCUUUCGAAGAACCAAUGACAUUGUGAAGGUCUGGGACAUCAUCGGCAGGUCUUUGGUUGUCUGUUCUGAAUCCUCCAACAAAUCCCACACUAAGGAUGAGGGCUGCUCUCGCCUUGCCUGUGGCAUCAUCGCAAGAGCCUCAGGCGUGGCCCAAAACCCAAAGAGAAUCUGUGCCUGCGACGGAGUCAGCGUCUGGGAUGAGCGAACCCUGCCCAACGUUAAGAAGCACGAAGCCUGAGCGAGCUCGUACAAGUGGUGACAUCACUUCCUGUGGGUCGUUUAUCCUUGCUGGUUCUGCAUUGGUGCAGAUCAAACCCAGUUUCUAUGCAGAGUUGGUAUUUGCAUUCAGGGGACGGUGUCACCGAGAUUAAUGCAAAGACUAUAGUUACUAUUCUCAGAAGAAUAACAAAAAUUUCCUCUGUGGCGUGACCAGCCAACUAUCGGUGUGUGAUAUUGCACAGCUUACAGACGACUAUUGAUACGUCGAAUUCGCAUAUAAUGAAUCCUUCUAAAAGUUUCGGGACUUGAAUUUUUAUGUAUACUGUUAGACCUUGAUUUAAUGAUGUUGACGGGGCCCUUGAAUCAGGGACUUCAUUGAGUCAAAAACACUCCUGUGGAUAACGUCAUAAUUUUUUCAAAAGCAAAAAAACGAUCCUAAUUUGUACUCAUUUAGAGAGUGAGCCCCUUGAGCAUGUCUUGUGUUUCUUCAUAAGAGCAGCAAACCUUGUAAGGGGAUCAGUGGUGUCUGUCAUCUGAAGUGAAACUUGGUGUACUAAUAAUUUCACCAUAGUUGCCCCUCAUAACUUCGUUAAAUCGAGGGAGACGUCAAGCUCACUUCAUUGCUUCGGGGUUUUCAAUACAUCAGGCUCCACGUGUGGGAAAAACGAAAGCAAUUCAUCAAAUAUAAAAUAUUGUAAAAUGAGUUUUCGUUAUAUUGAGGUCUGGCUGGAUUCGGCUUCGACUACAAGCUGAGUUUGCACUGUGCGCUUGACCUGGACCAAGCUUCUAAGAGCCGGUGAACAAACAUAAUGGAUGUUUCCCACUGAUUACCGAUAACAUGCGUUGCGUCUUAUGCAUGGCGCCUUUUCUAUGUGCAUUCCGUCUAGAGAUUCUGUAGUAUAAAUGAUGUUUUGCACAUACAUUGCAUUUAUACCGCAAAGCUUUAUUGCUGCUGCUGCACGUCAUUUCAAAUGACAAUAAAGUGAUAUUUUUUUGUUA